AUGCUCGGCCGCCUAUCCUCCAUCGUCGUCAAGGAACUGCUCAACGACCAGAAGGUCGUAGUAGUCCGCCGUGAGGCGACCUGCCUCUCCGCGGGCCCCGUCUGUCAAAUGGAGUAUGGUCAGUCAGGAGAGGAGGAUUUACAAGAAUUGUUUCACCACAAUGAUGGAGCCUCCUCACAUGGUGUUCCAAUGGAUGAUGUAGAUAUUGCUACUGCUGCACAGUGCAACAACAUGCAAAAAGGGAAGAAACGAGUUGUGCAGAAAAAUGUUGCUCGGAGGGGGUUUGCAUUCACAAAGGAAGAGGACGCCGUUCUUUGUUCGGCCUACCUGAACAUAAGUAAGGAUGCUAUUGUAGGUGUUAAUCAAAACAUGGGUGCCUACUGGAAGAGAAUAUAUGAUUAUUAUUCUGAGCACAAACCAAAUGGCUCAAUAAGAAGUCAGAUUGGUUUACAAAAAAGAUGGGGUGCCAUACAGAAGGCUGUUUCUACAUUUUCUGCAUGCAAAAGUAAAGUGGAUAGGAGAAACGAAAGUGGAAAGAAUGAAUAUGAUAGGAUUGAGGAUGCUGUGAAGAUGUAUGAGCAAAAGGAACCAUUUCAGUUUAUGCAUUGUUGGAAGAUUCUUCGCUAUGAGGCAAAAUGGAACGAUAAACUGCUGGAAGUGAACAGCACGCGAAAUGUUCGUAAAGAACCUGCAGCAUCCGAGCCAGUAGUUACACAAGGUGCAAAUGAUCCAGUAGGUGAUCAAGGUGCAAAUGAUCCACUGGGUCAACAAGGUGCAAGUGAUCCACUAGAGAGACCGGAGGGUCGUGAUAGUGCAAAAAGAAGAAGGGCCAAGGAAGAAUCUGCAUCCUCAAAUGCAGCUGUUGAAGUGUUGCAGCAGAUUCAUCAAAAGAAUGAACUGACCGAAGUGAAGCAAGAUGCCCAAAUGCAAGAGAUUUUAAGCUUGAAGGGGGACAAAAUGAAGCUUACACAACAAAUGUUUGAUCUGCACAAGCAUGACAUUGAAGUCAGGAACAAGUACAAGGAGGAGCAGCUCAAUCUUACUAAACAGGACAUAGAAGUCCGGGCGAAACAAAGUGAGGCACAACUCCUCACUACAGAGCUUGGAAUUAUGGGAGCUGAUUUAGAUAAACUUUCUCCUCAAGUGAGGUCCUACUAUAUCACCAUGCAGCAGGAAAUUAUGAAACGUAGAGGCAUUGGAACCUCUCAGAACUCCGAUGGAGCAUAG